CAGCCUCAAACCGGUACUUUCUUACAUAUUUUUUGACGUUUUCAUCAACUUCAAUUGACUAUGUUCUGUAUCAUAAAAUAUAUCGAGUAUGAUAAAUAUCAACUAUAUCAGUCACAAAAUGAUGUCGCUGAGAAUAACCAAGACACAGAAAAUAAAUUAAAUCUGAUAAAUCCACAUUGUCCUAUAGGGAUUGUAAGGGAUUAUAUUUCCAGUAAUUUGCGAAUUAGUGAAGAUAAUGAAGAUAAUUUUGAGUUGUGCACAGAGAAAGCCAUACUCUUAGAUACAAAACAAUGUCCUCCAACUAUGACCGGUUUAGACGUUUUAAAAGAUAAGGAAACAUACUACAUCAUUCUGCUAAAUAGGAAUAAUGAUCAGCCAUCAGCAUCGGCCACUUUAACCCCUUUACUUAAUCCAGGAUCAAGGGAGUAUUUAGAAUUUAUGGCACAACAGCAGAAAAAAUUAUCAAUUACUAAAAAAAAGCGGUCAAGCAAAGGAUCAAGUAUCGUUUCUUCGAAUGCCGAAUCGUGCUUAGCUCAAACUGGAAGUGAGAUUUCCAGAAACGUUUUAAAAUAAUUCGACGAAGCAGGAAGCAAUUAUGAUUAAGUAAAUAUAUUUUCUGGCUUAUUUGCCAAAUGCAAAAUGCAAAACUUAAGAAUGCAUAAAUGUAGUUGUGUGUGGUCAACCAAAUAUAGAUGUUUUAUUUUCUA